CAGGUUGCAAGCUCACUCAACUAGAAGUGUUGCAUCCUCUUGGGCGCUGGCUCGUGAUGCCUCACUGGCAGAUAUUUGUAGAGCUGCGGGCUGGGCGACCUCCAACACGUUGGCUAUAUUCUAUAGCCUUCAUGUGGAGCCGGUAUCCUCCUGUGUUCUCACCUCAAAUGUGUAGAAGCACUGAGAGGCCCCGGCUUGGGGUCGGCUUGCUAAAACCGCUCCAGAGAGUCCAUAUCAUAGACCCUGUCAAGCUCCUCCGUCCCUUCGGGCAGCCAGAUGUGGCAGCAACAUAUGGUAACCCUUGUUCCCUGAAGGAGGGAACGGAGACGUCACAUCCCGUCGUCAUAGUUUCUGUACCACCGGUGAGCGGCCGGGUUACUGGCUCAGCUCCUCAGUGAAAACUUGAAUAUGCGCUGCACCUGCUGCCUACUUAUACUCAUGCUGUGAUCAGCGGCAGCUGGAUGCAAUAAUUGCAUGCCAAUGUGCAUUGGCUCGUUUAGUUUACACUCAAAGUAGAUUGGUCUCUCUAAGCGAGAUCCCAAUUUGUCCGUCAUCCAUCAUGACGUCUCCAUUUCAUUCCUUUAGGGAACAAGGGUUAACAUACGUAACCGAGACGUUAGUAAAUUGACUUGAAUUUUAGGUUUUUGCAAAGUGUUGCCCAUGAGUGCAUAAUUAAUCCCAAGAAAUUUUAGAAUAUCUCUUAUAUAUUUCCCUAAUGACAAAUCGGUAAAUAUAAAACCAAGCAAGUCCUCACUACUUUCCGCUGCAGCACAACCAUCUGUGGAUACUGUAUGUUUGUUUACAUUUUUUUCUGACUGUGGUUGCUUUAUUUCUUUAUGCAACAAUGAUAAUUGAAGCUUCAUGAAAUGUCUUUUUUUAGUUAUGUGUUUUACUGACCUUUGACUAAUAUUGUUUUAUGUUUGGUAAUGCUGCAAAAUAUUUGUUCAUUUCAUGUCAUUUGAAGGACUAUCCAUACCAUGAUGGAUAACAUGACGUAUCCUGUGAUACUGACACUUAUGAUGCCAAAAGACACUAAAUCAUAUAGGCAUGUAUAUUUUAUUUGUUUUCUUGCAUUAUAUGUGCUCAUCUUGUCAAUUAAUAUUCGUCUUGUUAUGGUCAUUGUCAUGGAGAAAGCUCUUCAUGAACCAAUGUACAUAUUCCUGGGUCAUCUUUGUGUAAACGGGAUUUAUGGAGCCUCAGGAUUCUACCCUAAAAUGUUGUUUGAUUUAAUAUCAGAUUCAUAUGUGAUCUCCUCUAACAUGUGUACUUUGCAAACCUUUGUUAUCUACAGCUCUUUACUUUCUGAGAUCACAAUAUUAACAGUGAUGGCUUAUGAUAGAUAUGUAGCCAUAUGCAAACCUUUAGACUAUCAUUCCAAAUUAUCUAAAAACACCUGUGUAAAAUUAGUUCUGCUCUCAUUGCUUGUUUCAAACUCCUUGUCAGUUGCAUCAGUUCUGUUAUCAAAGUUAAGGCCCUUUUGUAAAUAUCACAUUGACAAAUUAUAUUGUGACAACUGGUCAAUUGUAAAACUGUCUUGUGCGUCAAAUUUUGUUAACAAUGUCUUAGGAUAUGCCAUGGCUGUCCUAUUUUUAAGCUUUAUAGUUUUUAUCAUAGUGUCCUACUUUAAACUGAUCUCUGCAUGUAAAGCAUCAUUAGAAAACAGAAAGAAAUUUUGGCAAACAUGUCUGCCACACAUAUUUUCACUUAUUAAUUUCACUGUUGCUUAUCUUUUUGAUAUUAUGUAUAGCAGAUAUGGUGCAAAUGACAUUCCAGAGAGUUUGCGUAAUUUUUUGGCUCUAGAACUGGUUAUAGUCCCACCUGUGUUCAAUCCUCUUAUCUAUGGGUUAAAUAUUAGAGCAGUGCGCAAAAGAGUUUUCACUUCAUGUGUUGCAUCAAGAGUAAAUGUUUCACAAACAAUCAAAACUUAAUUAUGUGCUAAAACUGAUACAAAUGUGUAUUGCUUUAACAAUGAAUUGUGACAAACUGUGAGAAAAAGUGUGAUUUUUAACAAACAUAUUUAUGGUGUGAUGUACAACCUGGAAAAAUAAAAAUAUGUUGUGAAUCUAAUAAACACACAGCCUCAGCGUGUUGUCAGUUGCAUUUCAUCCGAUCCUUCAAGCUGUAUGACUAUUAUGU